GUCAGUGUCCAUUCACUGACAACAAUGAAGCAGAAUAACUAAUGAGCUCUGUCCACGCUCAGGUCUCUUCCUCGCCCGAUGCUCAGAGUAGCUUUGAACAUGAACCUUGUGGAGGCUGAAUGCUGAGAAGGACAGAAGAAGAGCAAUGAUCUGACACAGAACGUGUCCGUUUAUGCUACCAAAGAGCACACGGAGCAGGAGAGCACAGAAGGAACUGGCUGUCCGCUUGACUUUUUCCUCUUUUGGAUUUUGGGGUGAGAAGCUUUAACAGCGAGGACGCUGGAGACCAGAAUGAAACUAGUGACCUUCCUCAGCUGGCUCACAGCCUUCUACAGUUUCAGCGGCUGCUGGGCCUCUGAGCUUUCUUUCUUGGUAGAACCCACGGACGUGAUUGCGGUGAGGGAUCGGCCACUCAUGCUGGACUGUCAGGUCCAGGGUGAGGAACCCAUCGCAAUUACGUGGCGCAAGAACGGAGCGCCCGUACCCAGUACCCCACGGGUCCGAGUGCAAGAGAAUGGCACGCUGCUAAUAAAGAGCUUCCAGAAACGCAGAGAGGGCAGCGAUGCAGACAUGGGCGAGUACGACUGCGCUGCACAGAACCGUUACGGCCUGCUCGUCAGCCGCAAGGCCAAAGUCCACCUCGCAUCCCUUCCUAAGUUCCACACACACCCUGCAUCAAUGUCUGUGGACGAGGGAGGAGUCGCUCGAUUCCAGUGUCAGAUCAAUGGAGUACCUGAAGCCAGAAUCACAUGGGAAAAAGACCGAGUGCUGCUCAACACCACUGACAGCAGGUACACUCUCCUACCAAUGGGCAUCCUCCAGGUGACCGGUGUGAGAAAGGCGGAUGCAGGGGUUUUCCACUGUGUUGCCACCAACAUCGCCAACACUCGCUACAGCCACGAAGCCACGCUCAAUGUUACUGGUGGGACUCCAAGAACCUACAAGGAGCCCGUGAUCCUGUCAGGACCUCAGAAUCUGACCAUCACGGUCCAUCAGACCGCCAUCUUGGAGUGUAUCGCCACAGGAAACCCAAGGCCCAUUGUUUCCUGGAGCAGGCUAGACGGGCGCUCCAUUGGGGUGGAGGGCAUCCAGGUUCUCGGGACAGGGAACCUGAUGAUCUCAGACGUAUCCCUGCAGCACUCUGGUGUGUAUGUGUGCGCUGCCAACCGGCCCGGCACCAGGAUGAGGCGCACUGCACUCGGACGCCUCGUGGUACAAGCUCCUCCUGAGUUCCUGCAGUGGCCACAGUCUGUAUCCAAACCAGCAGGGGGCAGUGCUGUGUUCACCUGUGUGGCGCAGGGUGUCCCUGAGCCUCAUCUCAUUUGGCUGAAGAAUGGCAAGGUCCUGAUGCCUGGACACAACAUCAAGCUUACCAAUAACAACAGCACUCUGGCUUUGACCCGUAUCGGCUCGGAAGACGAGGCUAUCUACCAGUGCAUUGCCGAGAACAGUGCCGGUACCAACCAGGCCAGCGCCCGCCUGGCCGUGGCGCAGGGUAAGGAUCUGCCCGAUGCCCCAGGAGGCUUCACGGCCAAAGCCGUGUCCACGCACGCCCUGCAGAUCAGCUGGGACCAGCCGCCCACCAACGUCACUGAGAGCAUCAUCGGCUACGUGCUGCACAUCCGCAAGAUAGGAGAGGCUGACAGUCUGGAGCUGCAGGAAGCCAUCAGUAAAGGCAACUUUCAGCACGACGUUACCAACCUGGAGCCAGCCACCACCUACUCUCUUUACCUGAAGGCCUACUCGCCCAUGGGAGCCAGUCAGCAGUCCCAUACUGUGACUGUGACUACUUUAGGGGGCGUGCCUGCUCCACCUACCUACUUCACCAAGGUGUUAAAUUCCAGCGCCGUACAGGUCCUCUGGGAACUUCCCACUAAGGCCGGUAUGGUCGAGGGCUUCAGGCUGUCGUACCGCAGGGUCCCCCACGCUGAGUACCAGAGCCCGAUUCAGCUGCCCUGUUACGUUAAUGCCCACACCAUGUCGAGCCUGGAACCGGGUGCAGUGUAUGAAAUCAAACUGGUUGCCUAUAAUGGGAACGGAGAGAGCGACUGCUCCAAGAGGCUGGUGUCACUCGCAGAGGAGGGCGCGAGAGACCAAAGCACCGGAGGAGACCGCCUGUGUCAGUGCAGGGACGGAGAGGCCUCGCUGGGCAGCAUUGUCAUCGGCAUCCAUAUCGGCACCGCCUGCAUCAUCUUCUGUGUUCUCUUCCUCAUGUUUGGAUACCGUCGCAAUCUGUUUUGCAGUAAAGGGACUCAGGACAGCUGGUCUCCAUCGAGGAUCCAACCAGUGCACACUGGCAUCCCUAAAGAUGGAGAGGCCCUCCCCAGAGGAGAAUCUCAGGUGGUCUGCCAGGUUAUCAUUGAUCAACAUUCGUCAGGUUUGCACGCCACAGGCACUGGCUAACACUGGUCAGUGAUGUCAUAACAGCCACACCCCUGCCCUGUCCUCCAGCAGUCAGCCAUUCACUAGGAACCUCCCACCAAAGAGCACCACCUUUGGUUUGUUAGGCUCAGUCAUACCAUUAGUGUCCCCAGACCUGCUGCUAAUAACCUGAGAGUAGCCACUCCCUCCCUCAAACCAAAGCUUAUUGCCUUUAUUGCCUGUGCACGUGCCUGUGCACGUGAAGAAAGCCUUUGAAAACCGUUGUCACCACAGAUUGUGUCCUGCCUCGCGCCACAAACAUUUCUGUCACUUUUUCAGUGGAAACCAAAAUAUUCUACCUCUCAGAUCGCCACUGAUAAACUGACACGUGAUGAUGUGGACUUUAAACCUCGCAUGAAGCCAAAAACUCGACCCUGACGGAGACGGUCUCGUCACUCUGUGGUGACAAACUCUUGACUUUGCCUUUUAUUCCUCUACAGUAAGGAAAAGAAGAAACAUAGCGGCCUUUGUGAACACCUUCCAGAGGUGACGGUGUGAUGAGAAACUAUUUUCUAUUACAAGCCAUUAGGAAGAGUCGUGUGAACCAGUUAACUCAGCUCCUUCCACCCAAAGCUGCUCAUUUCCAAAGAAAGCUACCUCACUCUGAUGGGAACAUCUUUUCUAUAGUUAGCCCGAGCCUGCUAAUGCUAGCCUACCUCAUCCAAAAGCAAAGGCUUCUGGUCAGUGAGCAUCUCCCUGACCGGUGUGAGUCACAGACCGAACUGUGCAGGAGCAUGUGGAGCUCUGCAGCAUCAGUCUCAGCCUCCAUCAAGCCUCAGCUUCUUAUGCUUUUGGUGGAAUUUCUCCAUUUUUGUGACAUCAGAAGAUGUUCGUGCUUUUCCUCCAAAGACAUAUUUGGAAGUAUGUCGUGGACAACAUGAUGA